CGUGCAUAUAGCAGCUCAUUCGAGGGACGAGAUAUUCGGCGCAUCUGAUAGUCAACAACAGUGGAAAAAUGUCUUCCUCGGAAAGCUGUGACGAAACCGAUUAUGAUUCCGACACCGCGCUGCAAGAAGCUCUAGCCUCCGGGAAACUUCAGCCGGGAACUUAUGCGCUGGCACCUCACGCAGCUACUCAAGUCCAGGUCAACGACGUAGAGGCUCUUGAGGCGAAAUACAAGCAGAUCCAUCUGAACCUGGAUUGGUUCCAGAGACUCGAUUGUACGAACGAACUUGCACCGCUCACAGCAGAUCUCAAAGAGCAUGAGGAAUCCCUCCGACUAGAUGUUGAGAAAAAAGGACUGAUCGAAGAAGAAGACAACGUUCACAACGACUUCAAACGAGAAUUGCUCUUUUACCGUCAAGCUCAAGCCACCGUUUUUGAAGCACUCGCUAAGCUUAAAGAACUGGGUAUACCUACUAAACGACCGGAUGAUUACUUCGCUCAGAUGGCGAAGAGCGACGCUCACAUGACCAAAGUGAAGCAGAAGCUGCUGGUCAAGAAGAAACAAGUCGAGAGAACGAUGAAGGUGAAACAGAUCCGCGAGAUGAAGAAACUCGGCAAGACGGUUCAGACGGAGGUCAUGCUGCAGCGCGCGAAGGAGAAACGAGAGCUCAUGGACAAGAUCAAGAAGUUCAGGAAAGGUAAAGGAACUUUGGAAUUCCUAAACGAGCGGCCGGAACUCAAGAAGGGCCUGAGCCGGUCACAAUUCAAGCGUAUUGGCAAAGACGACAAAUACGGAUUCGGAGGCCAGAAGAAACGUGGGAAGCGGAACACGAGGGAGAGCUACCAAGAUGUCUCGGGCAAAAAAGCCUCGGCCAAACUUCCCAAAGCCCAUCAUAAGAAGUUGAAAGCGAAAGGUCGUAAAUAAACUUGUACAUGAUUUGUU